AUGAAAAGCAUAGGAAGCUCCCUUUGGGAUAUAUACCGGCACACACCAAGGAUCAUUCAGCUCAUAGAUAUUUUCCUCGUUUUUACCUUUUCCGCGUUAAUUAUUUUGUCCUUGUGUGCUUACGCUUACUCCUUUUUUGGCGAACGGAUGUCAGUUGCCGCGAUUUUCACGGCCAUUGGAAAUUUGACCUUUUUGGUGGCCCUCCGGGAGCAGCUCACGAACAAGAGCCUGUUUAAUCUCAAACGGGAAAAAGUCAUUUUCGAUUUUGUUAUGUGCACCCUAGUACUGUACAUUGGUGUGUUCAGCUACAUGCACUUAAAUUAG